AUGUCACAAAGAAGAGUCGUUGUGACCGGACUCGGUGCUUUAACACCAUUGGGUAAAAAUGUCUCAGAGUCAUGGACCAACUUAGUUAAUUCCAGAUCGGGAUUAACCCCAAUAACAAAAUUGCCAGAUUUUAAUGAAAAUUAUGAUAUCCCACAUCAAUUCCCGUCUUCUUUAUCUGUCGGCUAUAUACCAUCAUUUUAUGGGCACGAGAGUAACAAUGAUGCAUAUCCAGAAAACCUAUUUACUUCUCAAGAUAUGCGUCGUAUGAACAAAUUCAGUAAAUAUGCUAUAAUAUCGACAUACGAAGCGUUAAAAGAUGCAAAACUAAUUUCACAAUAUAGAGAACAGCAAGAAUCCAAUGGAAAGUUUAAAUUGAAUAUUGCAAAUAUAGAUAACUUUGGUUGUUCCAUUGGAUCAGGAAUAGCCUCAAUCUCAGACACAGUAGAUGCAGUCAAUACAUUCAACAGUAAAAAAAAAAAGAAAAUAUCGCCACUUUUAAUCCCUCUCAUUUUGAACAACAUGGCUGCAUCACAUAUUGCCAUUAAGUUCGGAUUAAGGGGCCCAUUAACUUCUACAUCAACAGCAUGUGCCACAGGUGGAAAUUCUAUUGGAGAUGCCUAUCAUUUAAUCAAACUUAAGAAGAGUGAUAUUAUGGUUUGUGGCGCAGCUGAGGCGUCAAUUCACCCAAUUGCACUAUCUGGGUUCUACCGUGCCAAAAGUUUAAGUUCUACUGGCAUUUCAAGACCCUUCGAUUCAAGUAGAGAUGGAUUUGUCUUGGGUGAAGGUGCUGGUAUUUUGAUCUUGGAAGAGUUGGAACAUGCUUUGAAGAGAGGAUGCACCAAGAUAUACGGAGAAAUUGUUGGGUAUGGGAUGAGUAGUGAUGCUUAUCAUAUAACUGCCCCAGAUCCGACUGGAAAUGGUGCCUUGAGAGCAAUGCAGAUGGCUACCACAAAUGUCAACACCAAUAUCGAUAGCAAAAAACCUAUUAAUUGGCAUGUUAAUUGCCAUUCUACUUCCACCAAGCUGGGCGAUUUUUCUGAGAUUCAGGCUAUAACCCAGUUAUUUAGAAAUACCACUCAAAAUAAACUAAUAAAUUCAGGAAGAAUUGGUUGCUCAAGUAAUAAGGGUUCUAUGGGUCAUUUAUUGGGUGCCGCUGGUGCCGUGGAAGCCAUAUUUACAUUGAAAAGCUUGGAACAGGGUAUAGUACCACACACCUUAAACUUGAAUGAAGUUGACCCAAAUAUUAUGGAAGUUUGUGAUAACACCAAUAAUAAUGCCAACUUCAAAAUAGAGUUAAUUAAGAAGAAACCGAUGCAAAUUGAUCUAGAUUAUGCGAUAAGUAAUAGCUUUGGUUUUGGAGGAGUUAAUGCAUCAUUAUGUUUUAAAAAAUACACAUGA